CAUGGCUAGCUUUGCUUAUCAAUGGUGUGUGUCCGGCCUUUGAAUACUUCAACUGCUCAAUAACUUGCAGAGACAUCUACAGCGGUGGCCAGCACGCUUGCGUAUCGUUCCAAGUCUGCAUUCCUUUUUAUUUGUAUAACAAUUUUGAUCAUCUUUCAACUACGAAUAAUACCUUUUGGAUCUGUCAUUCUUCUAUCACCAUCCUUCAAUCCAUUGCUGUUGCAGUACCCCACCCCUUCCGGAUUUUCGCAAUGUCAUCCUUGUCUUCUUCUUCUUCCUCUUCUCGAUCAGAGCUUCCGUUACUGAAAAUUCCAGGCGAUUAUGGAUUACCCUUCUUUGGUCCCAUAAGGGAUCGUUUCGACUACUUUUACAAUCAAGGGCAGGACGAGUUCUUCAAAACCCGGAUGCAGAAAUAUCAUUCCACAGUCUUCAGAGCCAACAUGCCGCCAGGCCCCUUCAUCUCUUCCGACUCCAAGGUGGUUGUUCUUCUCGACGCCGUCAGCUUUCCCGUUCUUUUCGACUCUUCCAAAGUCGAGAAGAGAAACGUCCUCGACGGGACUUUCAUGCCCUCCACCGACUUAACAGGCGGGUACCGUGUCCUUGCAUUUCUCGACCCCUCCGAACCCAAACACGAUCUUCUCAAACGCUUCUCCUUCUCUCUACUCGCAUCUCGCCAUCGCGACUUCAUUCCCGUCUUCCGUAGCGGCUUGCCGGACCUCUUCACCACCAUAGAAGACGAUGUUUCCAGCAAGGGGAAAGCUAACUUCAACAACAUCGCCGACGGCAUGUAUUUCAACUUCGUCUUUAGAUUGAUUUGCGGAAAAGAUCCUUCCGACGCUAAAAUCCGAUCAGAAGGACCCAAUAUUUUCUCAAAAUGGCUGUUCCUCCAACUUUCUCCUCUCAUGACUCUUGGGUUGUCCAUGUUACCAAACUUCAUAGAAGAUUUGCUUCUACACACAUUUCCCUUACCACCAUUCUUGGUAAAGUCCGAUUAUAAUAAGCUUUAUAAGGCCUUUUACGAAUCGGCCUCUUCAGUAUUGGAUGAAGGUGAGAGAAUGGGGAUUAAUAGAGAUGAAGCUUGCCACAACCUUGUAUUCCUAGCUGGUUUCAGUACGUUCGGUGGCAUGAAGGUUUUGUUUCCCCCUUUGAUCAAGUGGGUUGGGUUAGCAGGAGAGAAGCUACACCGCGAACUCGCUGAUGAAAUAAGGACCGUUGUUAAGGCUGAGGGAGGAGUGACAUUUGCAGCGUUGGAUAAGAUGGCUUUGACUAAAUCAGUGGUUUAUGAGGCUCUGAGGAUUGGGCCUCCGGUUCCGUUCCAGUAUGGGAAGGCCAGGGAGGAUAUGGUGAUCCACAGCCAUGAUGCCGCGUUUGAGAUCAAGAAAGGGGAGAUGAUCUUUGGAUAUCAACCCUUUGCCACUAAGGAUCCUAAGGUUUUCGAGAACCCUGAGGAUUUUGUGGCCCAUCGGUUUAUGGGUGAGGGGGAGAAAUUGCUUAAGUACGUGUACUGGUCUAAUGGACGAGAGACGGAUAAUCCGACGGCGGAGAAUAAACAGUGCUCAGGGAAGGAUCUGGUGGUGCUGAUCUCCAAGUUAAUGCUGGUGGAGAUUUUCCUUCGUUACGAUACUUUCGAAGUUGAGUCUGGGACCAUGGUGUUAGGAUCCGCUGUGCUUUUCAAGUCGUUGACCAAGUCCAGUUACACUUGAUCAUGGUCAACAUAAUAUUCCUUCCAGUUCAAAUACAUUGAUCUAAAGUGUAAGUAUGGUCCGGUGUGCUUUGUAUGUUUUACAAGAUAACGUGUGUGUGUGUUUUUUUUUAAUUAUUUUUUGGAUUCGAAUCAAUGUAACA